AUGAACCUUCGUAGAAUUAAUCCAAAAUGGUUAUAUAUGCAUCUGAUUAAGCUAAACUAUGCUUCGAUUUUCUUCGUAUUGAUACUCGCCAAUUUCGUCAACACAAGCAGUGCACAACUAAGAGUACGUAUGCAUUUGUACAUCUAUUGCAGCAACGUUCGUGUUCACGUGGACUUUUCUUUCCUAAUGAUGAUGCAAUCAGCCGAUGGAACGACUACUAGUAGCGAUAAUAAACAGGCAACUACUGUGAAUAAACAGUUCAAGCGUAUUUGCUAUCUCCAUGAGUUGGUAAAAAGAGGCGCAUUUUCUGCAUACAUGUUCGAGUCAAUUGAUCGGCUAAACUACGCUUCGAUUUUCUUCGUAUUGAUCCUCGCCAAUUUCGUCAACACAAGCAGUGCACAACUAAGAUACAACGAUUCCAAUACGGUAACACCACCACCAGGCUAUGGAUUUGCACCCGGCUAUGGUUCAUCCCAAUAUCAACCAAGAAAUGUCAAAACCAGCGGUGAAUGCAAUAAUUGUAAUCAACCAUGUUUUUGUAUAGCACAAAAAGGAGAUCAGGGUCCAGCUGGUCCCAUGGGUCCUGCAGGUGCUCGAGGAUCGGAUGGUGUGCCCGGUCCUGAAGGACCUGAGGGUAUGAAAGGAGAAAAAGGUGAUCGGGGUCUGCCUGGUCUGCCUGGUCAAAAAGGUGACAGAGGUCGAUCCGGUGAACCAGGAAUGCCAGGUCAUCCCGGUUUGCCCGGUCUUCCAGGUCCAAGAGGUCCAGAAGGUUUACCUGGUCGUGAUGGUUGUAAUGGAACAAAAGGAGAAUCUGGCCGAUCAGGAUUUAAUGGACAGCCUGGUCGCCCCGGUGAACCUGGUCUACCUGGACAACGAGGGCAGAAAGGCGAACCUGCACAAGCUUUGCCUGGAUUCAAAGGGGAAAUCGGAGAAAUGGGACCUCCUGGUCUUCCCGGUGCUGCUGGUCCUCCUGGUAAUCCUGGUAUUCCUGGAACCCCUGGCACAGUUGGCUUUCCUGGACGUGAAGGCCAAAAAGGCGAUCGUGGUGAACCAGGCCGUCCAGGUAACGCUGGAGUGGGUCUCAGUGGCGAAAAAGGUCAAAAAGGAGAACCCGGAUCUUCUGCACCAUAUACACCACCAACAAUCGCUGAAAUUCAAGGAAAUUACAGUUAUGUUCCAUUAUCAAUCCCUGGUGCCCCAGGUCAAAAGGGUGCUAUGGGACCCAAAGGAGAACCUGGAGAAAUUGGCUAUCCAGGUGCACCUGGUUCAGCUGGACCACCUGGUUUGACCGGUGAAAAAGGUGUUCCAGGUCCUGUUGGCCCUCGCGGUCCAACUGGUUUACCUGGCCAAGCUGGCUUUCCCGGACAAGCAGGAGAUCGCGGCAGUCCUGGUUAUCCCGGUCAACCAGGUAGCCCUGGAAGACCUGGUCAAAAUGGAGCACUAGGAGAAAAGGGUGAUCGUGGUUUCCCUGGUAUGCCUGGCAUGUGUUUACCGGAUCAGCAUGGCGAUGCUUCACCUGGACAACCUGGCCCAACUGGAGCCAAAGGAGAACGCGGUCCACCCGGCGCACCUGGUUAUCCUGGUCCAUCUGGCCUACCUGGAUCGCAAGGUCCCAAAGGUGAUCGUGGUUUUGAUGGAUUACCUGGCAGCCCUGGGCAACCUGGACGUGAUGGUGUAAAAGGAGACAAAGGUGACAGUGGACGACAUGGUGAUCCUGGAUCAUCUGGAUUUCCUGGUCCCCAAGGUUAUCGUGGAGCAAAAGGUGAACCAGGUCCAAAAGGUGAACCUGGUCGUUCGAUUCCAGGGCCGCCUGGUAUCGAUGGUUAUCCUGGUCCAGCCGGUCUUUCAGGAGCCAAAGGUGAACGCGGUUUGCGCGGUCUUCCUGGCUUACCUGGUAAUUCAACUGCAAGUGCUGGUUUACCUGGUCCUCAAGGACCCGUGGGACCACCAGGUAGUCCUGGCGCUCCUGGUUUUCAAGGUAUUGCUGGUUUGAAGGGAGUCAAAGGAGACCGAGGUCUUGAUGGAGUCUGCGGUGCUCGUGAUGGAUUAAAAGGUAGCAAAGGUGAGCCUGGACCUCCCGGAGAAUCAGGUACACCCGGUCAACGUGGUUCACCAGGAGAAAAAGGUGAUCGAGGCGAUGUCGGUUCACAGGGUUAUCCCGGCAAUGUUGGCUCAGCUGGUGCACCUGGUCGCAACGGUAACGAUGGUAUUCCAGGCGAGAAAGGAGAAAAAGGAGAAUCAGCUCGUGUCUCAACUGUACAAGGAAUGUCCGGAGAAAAGGGAACGCCAGGUCUUCCCGGUUUGAAAGGCGAUCGUGGAGAGAAAGGUGCACCUGGUUACAGCGGUCGUGAUGGUCAACCGGGUGCAAUGGGUUCUGCUGGAGCUAAGGGUGAUGCCGGUUAUCCAGGUCAGCCAGGCCCCCCAGGUAGUCCUGGCCCAAUGGGUGAUAUUGGUCCGCCAGGCGCGACAUUACCUGGUGAACGUGGUGAAAAGGGUAUUCCAGGUCCAGUUGGUAUUCCGGGCCCACAAGGUCCUUCUGGUGCGAAAGGAGAGCCGGGCCGGCCUGCACCCCAAGGAAUAACAUCAAUGCCCGGUGCACCAGGAGAAAAAGGUGACCGCGGCUUCCCAGGUGCAUCCGGAUCACCAGGGCUACAAGGCCCGAAUGGUCUUCCAGGUUUACCAGGUUCACCAGGCCUAAAGGGUGAACCAGGUUUACCAGGCAUCCCUGGUCUUCCCGGACCAAAAGGCAUUACGGGUUAUCGUGGAGAACCAGGUCUCCCUGGCCGUGAUGGAUCACCAGGUCUUCCCGGCACUAAAGGAUUCGAUGCAGCACCAGGCCUACCAGGUCGACCAGGAGAAAAAGGUGAACCCGGACUUCCAGGUCCAGGCUUUCCAGGUGCUCCCGGUCCAGUUGGUCCGGCUGGUGAUCGUGGUUUUCCAGGAGUACCGGGUCCACCUGGAGAAAGUGGACUACCUGGAUCGAAAGGUGACCCAGGUUUACCAGGUAUCAAUGGUCUUCCAGGUCCUGUUGGUUUGAAAGGUGAACGGGGUGAACCAGGUCUUGGUGGACAGAAAGGUGAUCAAGGUCUCCCCGGUCCACCCGGUAUAGAUGGUUUACCAGGUCUUCCGGGCACGAUGGGACCACCAGGCCCUUCAGGUUUCGCUGGCGAGAAAGGUGCUGCUGGGUUACCUGGACCAAGCGGACAACCAGGUUUACCAGGUCUACCCGGUAUGAAAGGUGAUCGCGGCUUGAACGGAGCACCAGGAAUGAAUGGAGCUCCAGGCUUACCAGGUGAAAAGGGCGUUCCAGGGUUUCCCGGCCCAGUUGGAUCUAGCGGACUACCAGGUCUUCCAGGCACUUCUGGUCUAAAGGGUGAUCGAGGUCUGCCCGGUUUACCAGGUCAAGCAUGUACGGCAUGUAUACCAGGUCAACGAGGAGAUCGCGGUUUACCAGGUAUAGCUGGUCUACCAGGUCAGAAAGGAGAACCAGGUUCUGCAGCAGCUCGUGGACCAGCAGGUGAACGUGGACCGCCUGGCCUGCCAGGUGCACCAGGCCUUCCGGGAAUUCCAGGAAAAGACGGCUUACCAGGUCUCCCAGGUGCUAAAGGAGAACGUUCGAUUGGUCAAACAGGAAUCAAAGGAGCCAUCGGUGAACCAGGCUUGCCGGGUCCAUCAGGUCUCUCAGGACCUCCAGGUGAACGCGGAUUACCGGGUGCUAAUGGUCUUCCUGGUGCUCCGGGUGAACGAGGUUUACCUGGGCCUAGUGGUAUACCAGGUGCUCCUGGCCUUCCUGGCCCUGCUGGAUACAAAGGUGAAACUGGGUAUAAUGGAUUACCUGGGCCUAAAGGUGAAUCAGGUCCACCAGGUUUAAAUGGCACACCGGGUAUCAAUGGUAUUCCUGGAGCAAAGGGUGAUCCAGGUUUACCAGGUCGAGAUGGUGGUGCUGGCUUACCUGGCCUCAAAGGAGAUCGCGGUCUUAAUGGCUAUCCAGGUGUAGCAGGCGCUAAAGGUGCUGCAGGUGUACCAGGCCUGCCAGGUCCACUUGGUCCACCAGGCCCAUCAGGUCUUCCAGGCAUCAGUGGUCUUCCAGGACAAAAAGGAGAAGCAGGUCUACCAGGAACCCCAGGUUCAAACGGUCCACCUGGUUUGAAUGGACCACCAGGUCUUCCAGGUGACGCUGGUUUGCCAGGUUUAUCGGGUCAAAAAGGUGAACCUGGCUACGCUUCGGCUGGACUCAAAGGUGAACCUGGUCCAAGUGGUCGUGACGGUCUUCCAGGUCUUCCAGGUGAAAAAGGAAAUCAAGGUUAUCCCGGCCCAGCUGGUAAUUCUGGCCGAGAUUGUGAUGUACCAAUCACAGGACAAAAAGGUGAUGCUGGUCUUCCUGGACUUCCAGGCGCUCCAGGUUUACAAGGUCUUCCUGGUCCAAUGGGUAAAGAUGGUCUUCCCGGUACUGCUGGCUUACCGGGUAUACCAGGUGCCAAAGGCCGCGAUGGAUUUCCAGGUUCAAAUGGUCUCCCCGGCUUACCAGGCGAACGUGGCUUUGCUGGAAUGCCAGGUCAACCAGGUUUACCAGGAGAGAAAGGAAACGCUGGAUUCCCUGGCAGUUCAGGCUUUGCUGGACAAAAAGGAGAUCGUGGUAUGGAUGGUCUUCCUGGUGCUCCUGGAUUAGCUGGUCUCCCCGGUCCCAAAGGUGAUUGUAUUCAACCACAACCAAUUGUCAGUCGUCCAGGUGUUAAAGGAGAACCUGGUUCAGCAGGAUUGCCAGGAUUACCUGGACUUCAAGGACCACCAGGUCAACCUGGUCCACGAGGAGAGAACGGUCCACCAGGCCAACCGGGUCAACCAGGCCUACCAGGUUAUGUUGGACCUAAAGGUGAACGUGGUACACCGGGUAUUCCGGGUGUAGCUGGUAUUGCUGGUCCACCAGGUGCUAGUGGCCCACCUGGUCCAGCAGGUCCUGGUCUCCAACGAACUGGUUUCAUGGUUGUACGUCAUUCACAAUCAGCUCAAGUACCGGAAUGUCCAUCAGGAAUGGUUAAACUAUGGGAUGGUUACAGUUUACUCAUGAUGCAAGGCAAUGAUCAUGGUUAUCAUCAAGAUCUUGGCUCGGCUGGUUCAUGUCUUCAGAAAUUUUCGGCAUUACCAUACUUACGUUGUGAUCACACCAAUGUAUGCUAUUAUGGCCAAACAAAUGACUUAACAUACUACCUCUCGACCACGGAACCCAUGCCAAUGAUGCCAGUUCAACGUGAUCAAAUUCGACCUUACAUAUCACGCUGUGCUGUAUGUGAAGCACCUGCCAAUGUCAUGUCAUUCCACAGUUUAUCGAUGACACCACCGCCAUGUCCAAAUGGAUGGAAUAUCCUUUGGCAAGGUUACAGUUUUGUCAUGCAUCUUGGCCGUGGUGCUCAAGGUGGUGGCCAGUCAUUAUCAAGUCCUGGUUCCUGUCUUGAAGACUUCCGCGCAACGCCAUUCAUCGAAUGUUCAGGCACAGAUGGCAAUUGUAUGUAUUAUGCAAAUAAGUUCAGCUAUUGGAUGACAGUUAUUGAUCAAAAUAAUCAAUUCGAAGUUCCACGUCAAGAAACAUUAAAAUCGGGUAAUCACAGAAAUAAGAUCAGUCGUUGUACAGUUUGUCUGAAAACACAGCAAAACACAGGACAAGGUGGUUAUCAAAACGGAAACUAUUAUGUCGGACAAACUUUGAAGAAACAUUAA